AUCUGACGAUAAAUACAGCUCUCUGACGGCGCUCUGACCUAAAUUUAUACUCAAGCGGCACCAUCACUUGUAAAAGUUGGACUGAAAGCGCACAUUAAGUAACGCAAACUGAUGCGCUUAAGAAGGGAUGCCAGCCAGGCGUGGCUUGUAUCUGAAUAUCCAAUGUGAGAAUGCGUGGGGAGUAUGUAUAUAAUAGAGUGUUUCCGUUUUAUAAAUACAGAUAUCAAACACAUCAUUACAGCAGAGGACUAUCAAUAGCCGGAUCCCGGUGACCGUGCAGGAGGAGCGCUUGUUUUUUUGGAGUGCAUGGACCGGACUUUUUCUGAAACUUUUUCUUUUUUUUUUUCUUCUUCCCUCCUUCCUCACACAUUUUAAAUGCCUUCGCUUAAUUUGACAGCUGUGCACACAAUGGCAGAGGUCGGGACGUUUGUGGGGACGCUUGACUUGGAUUUACAGAGCUUUCCUGCGCUGGGGAGCCUGACCCUGCCGGAGUCCCCGGUGCCGGGGCUGAGCGAGCGGCUGGGCCAGAUCGAGGGCCGGCUGCAGCGGGGGUCGCCCACGGACUUCGGACACCUGAAGGGGAUCCUGCGGCGGCGGCAGCUCUACUGCAGGACCGGCUUCCAGCUGGAGAUACUGCCCAACGGCACCGUGCACGGGACGAGGCAGGACCACAGCAGAUUUGGUAUCCUGGAGUUCAUCAGCCUGGCAGUGGGACUGGUCAGCAUCAGGGGCGUGGAUGCCGGACUUUACCUCGGCAUGAAUGAGAAAGGAGAGCUCUACGGGUCGAAGAAGCUGACGGCAGAGUGCGUAUUCAGGGAGCAGUUUGAGGAGAACUGGUACAACACCUACGCUUCAACUCUGUACAAGCACACGGACACGGGACGCUUCUACUAUGUGGCUUUAAACAAGGACGGCUCACCCAGGGAGGGCGGCAGGACUAAAAAACACCAAAAACUCACCCACUUCUUACCCCGGCCAGUGGAGAUUGAAAAGAUCCCUCAGGCGUACAGGGACUUGUUCCAGUACAGGUGACCAGUGCUUACACUGGGACAACUGGUUACAUUUGAAU